GCGCCCCGGCGCCUUUCUGCUCGCGCGCGGCCGCGGGGCGGAAGGGGGUCGCGAGCGCCGCUGCUAAGGAGGCGGAGCGUUGCCGGGGUGACAGGAAACUGAGGGAAGGCGGGGGGCGCGCGUUCGUGUGUCGCGACUUAAGGCGGGGGAGGUGACGGUCGCGGUACUCGCUGCGUCCGCUAGUGCCCGCUGGGGUGCUGGAGGCCUCUCCUUGGGGCCCCUGCCGUGGGUCGGGGUCGCGGCGAUGCGGCCCGUAAGCUGAAGGGAGCCGGGGGUCUGCCGGCAUGGGAGAGGCGGAGAGCGGCCGCCGAGGCUGUGUGAGGUGGUGUUUCGGUACUGGUAAGUGUUUCGGAGCUGGAGAAGGCGAGGCUCGCACCCAGGGGUCACAGGGACGGCAGCGGAGGAAGCGCUUGGUGGGAAGGGAGCAGCACCAGUCUCUCGUUAGGCACUUUCGCAGUCGAAACGGCAGAUAGUGCCAUGGCCACCGCGGGGGGCUGCUGGUCGCUUUUAGUGAACCCGCUCCCUGUGCUCUCCUCGGAGAUGCGCUGUUUCCCCUCUGUAGCGGUGCAAACGUGGCCGUUGCCAUCGCAACUUGUGCCAUUCUCUCCGUGCAGUUCCCAGUCUCCCGGUUUCACUCGGCUGUUCUUGGGAGCCCUUCUGCACACAGUUUACACACGCACCGGGUCGCUGCCUUUAUUCAGCUUGUCGGGAGGAUAUCAAAAGCACUGAGCUCUGCUGAAAACGCAUUGGCAUCAGGAACAUGAACGGGAGGACUAGCACAAAGCAUCGUGCAACACAAGGACCUCUCUUGUCCUCAGACCCUCAGUGGGGUGUCUUGGAGCUGGGAGCGAGCUUAGUCAGCCAAAGACAAGAGUAAGGUGGUGCCUUGGGAUCCCUCGCUUGCUUGCACAGACACCCAGGCAAAGAUGUAGAUGACCAAGAGGUGUUUUCCCCUCCUGGCUUGGGAUUAAAUUUCUCAGUCACAGGCCAGGAAGUUUCUCUAAGGAAAUGGAUUCGUCUUCCCAAAAAUACCCAGUCAAAAAGCGAGUGAAAAUUCAUCCCAACACAGUAACAGUGAAAUAUACUUCUCAUUAUCCCCAGCCAGGAGAAGAAGGAUAUGAGGAUGUUAAUGAAGAUACUGCAGUAUUUAUGGAGGAUAAUCCUAAGAAAAGACUAUUGAAUGAUGGGAAAAAGAGAGAAAGGACUUUUUUUGGUACAAUAGACACCAAACUUCAGCCAGCACAACUGCUAAAACCCAACGAGAUGGGGCAAUCCCAGCAUUUUCCUGAAGGAAGUAUACUGCAGUCGAGGAAAACGUGGGUAGUCCUUUUUGGAUCUGCUGUGGCUCAUGGAUGCAUGGCUCUAAUAACAAGAUUAAUUUCUGAUCGUUCCAAAGUGCCAUCCCUAGAGUUAAUUUUCAUCCGCUCAGUCUUACAAGUGCUGUCCGUUACUGUUGUGUGUUACUACCAUGAGCCUCCCUUUGGCCCAAAAGGCUACAGACUCCGGCUCUUCUUCUAUGGGGUCUGCAAUGUUAUCUCUAUUACCUGUGCUUAUACCUCCUUCUCCAUAGUUCCCCCCAGCAAUGGGACCAUUAUGUGGAGGGCUACCACUACAGUGUUCAGUGCCAUUUUGGCUUUUUUACUCAUAGAUGAAGGGAUGUCAUACAUAGACCUUAUUACUGUAUUUGGCAGCGUGUUUGGUGUUUGUCUGGUCAUGAUACCCAAUAUUGUUAAGGAGGAAAACUCUUUGCUAAGCACGUGGAAGGAAGCUUUUGGCUAUACCAUGACUGUUAUGGCAGGCUUGACCACUGCUCUCUCCAUGAUAGUCUAUAGGUCAAUCAAAGAUAACAUCAGCAUGUGGACAGCACUAUUCACCUUUAGUUGGACAGGAACAGUAUGGGGAGCAUCCACCAUGUUCUUACUUCAAGAGCCAAUCGUCCCACUGGAUGGAGAAACCUGGAGCUAUCUCCUUGCCAUCUGCCUGUGCUCCACAGCAGCCUUCCUGGGGGUCUACUAUGCCCUAAGCAAGUUCCACCCUGCUUUGGUCAGCACCGUACAGCACCUGGAGAUAGUCAUUGCCAUGGUCCUGCAACUAGCUGUGUUGCGGAUCUUCCCGGGUGCUUAUGAUCUUGUCGGGGGAGCUGUUAUCUUGGUUAGUGUCUUCUUCCUUGCAUGUUACAAACUGUCCUGGAAGAAUUUAGGAAGGCAAGAUUAUCAGGAGAUUGUGGAUUCUUCCAUUAAAUGAACUGUGGUUUUGUCCUCUGAAUCUGGCUGUGUGACCACAUGGAAGUUAGUUAUGUCAGCUUUAGUGUCCUAGGGUCAUGUCUCCGUCUAGAGUGGCCAGGUCCUCUCUCUACUGUUUAAAUUCACAGCUGAUGUAGCAAUAUUGGUGUUUCCAGACUUCCAUGGCAGGUGAAUUUGUUCUAGCACAUACUACCACUGGCAUUCUGGCAUGUGAGGAAAGACUGUUUGUCCCCAGCACGCAAGGUGUGUGAGCAGGGAAUGCAGGCCAACCCUUGGGCAGGUUCCUCCUCACCUUCCCUGGAUAAGGAAACACAGAGACAGAGGGAUUCACUAGUGAUUCUCAUUCCUGUGUGAUGUGGUAGUAGAAAAAUGAAUAGUAAAGCCAUUAAAAUGGUGAACCAGAGUACUCAUCUCCUCUGUAACACUACUGCUUUGGCUGUAAUGCUCAAAGUGAUGCUGGUAUUUCUGUGGUUAAAACCUGCAUUUCCUGUGUGUAUAAAAAAUCAGUCAGUAAAGCUUUCUGUGCUUUGUGA